UUUUCAAUUGGAUAAUUUGAUAAAAAAUAUGAAAACUAUAAUUCAUUUUUCAUAUAAAUAACUGGAAAGUCGCAAUUGGAUAGCAGUUGAAAUUUAAAAUUUUAAGAAUAAACAUUAAAUCAUUUAAUUGUUUUUCGUUUAAAAGAAACAAAAAAUCAGAAAAAUGUCGAAACUAUUGUCAGUAUUGUUUGUUAUGGGCAUUGUUGCAGCUGUUGUUGUUCGUGGAGAAUUCGAUAGGCAAGCAGCCCAUGAAAAACUUAAAAUGAAAGCCGGAGAAUGUAAAACCGAAGUUGGUGCAACGGAUGCCGAUAUAGAGGAAUUGGUGGGAAGAAAGCCAGCCUCAACAAUGGAAGGAAAAUGUUUGCGUGCCUGUCUAAUGAAAAAGUUCGAAGUGAUGGACGCUUCGGGAAAAUUUGUUACUGAUGUUGCUCUAAAACAUGCCGAAAAAGUUACCGAUGGUGCUGCUGAUAAAAUGAAAGUUGCUUCGGAAAUCAUUAACGCUUGUGCUGGCAUUGAAGUUUCGUCCGAUCAUUGUCAGGCAGCUGAAGAUUAUGGCAAAUGUUUCAAACAACAGGCUAGCGCUCAUGGAAUCAAUGAAAAUUAUCAAUUUUAACAACUGAUAAUGGUUUAGUUUUGAAAACGGCUCAACAUCGCGUUUUUACUAAUUUUCCAAUACUAUAAAUACA